UUGUUUACAGGUCUCAGGCGUUGGUGAUCCUCCUGCAGGACGGAGCAGUGGAGCCUUACUACUACUGUACUGUCAGUGAAGAUGGACGACGAUAGAACUGUUUGGGUUGGAAACUUUGAACCUGAAAGAGUUACUCAAGAGCUCCUGUACGAAUUGUUCCUGCAGGCUGGCCCUCUUGCCUAUGUGAGGAUUCCUAAAGACAAAGCCACAGGCAAACUGAAAAAUUUUGCUUUUAUCUGCUAUCGUCACACUGAAUCUGUGCCAUAUGCCAUAGAACUGCUGAAUGGAACACCAUUAUUUAGUCGUAGUAUAAGGGUACAGAGUCGAUACCUUCAAGACCUGCAGCAGAGAGGACUUGCCUCCUCGGAAUCAGGAGGAAUACACACACUUGAUCCUUUCUCUCCUAAGAUAGCAACUGGUGGAGACCUUCAGGGAUGUGACCAGCAAUAUUAUCAACAGUGUUAUCAGCAGUAUUAUCAGCAGUAUCAGCAGCAUUAUCAGCAGCAGUAUCAGCAGCAGUAUCAGCAGCAGCAACAGCAGCAGCAGCAGUUAUGGCAGUAUCAACAGCCCACCUUAAGUCCCAUGCCAAGUCUCAUGAGAGCUCAAGGGGCUCAGAUUCCUAGCCAUAUCUUAGCAAUGGCUCAGCAGCAGAUAGCAAUGCUUAAUACCCAGCAACCUGUCCUUCUUUCUGAAAAUCCAAUGCUUAAUUCUCCCAGACAUCGAACAACAGACAGAUUUGGCUCAUUAAAUCAUGGUAGAAAUUAUUCAAACCAGAGAGAUGAUAGUCUUCAUGGACAAAGCCGACAACAUGACAGUAGGACUGGUGGGCCAAGGUCAGUGGACAAUGAAACAAUGCGGGCCAUGAAAUCUCGUUUUGAUAGAGAUGCUGACGAUAAUUCUAAAAUGUUGUCUCAGUUACACCAACGUCAAGGGCGCUUUGACUACAGUAGACUUGGACCAAGGAAUGACCACAGUAGUAGGCAACACGACGAGAGGUCCCAGUCUCAUGAGAGGUCCCAUAGGCAUAAUGACAGGUAUGAUAAUAGUUCUCGGCACCAGAGGCAAAGUGAUGACCAUGGCAGGUCUUCUGGUAGGAGUCGUCACGACCCUUACAGUAGGAGUUCUAGACGCUGAUUUAUACCUUGUGUGCUCAGUUAUCUUCUUAUCCUCUCUCUCUGAGGACAGCUACCCAUUGGUGGUUAUAUUUUUUGUAUUGUAUUGUUUGGGAAAUUUAAGUUACCGGGUAUGUUAAUUUUCAGUACUUUUAGUACAGUAUAUACUUUGAAACAAUUAUGUUUUCAGUACUCUUUCCAGCCCAAUUGUGGGAAUUUCAGGUAAUAUAUCUAUUAUCAUAUUAGAUACUGUAUAUGACACCACAGAUCUAAUUAUUUUACUACUUGUUAGAAGAAAAAAUUCCCAGAAUUUCUUUUUAUAGUAGGCUGCAGGUAAAGCCUCAUAUUAUUAAAGAUGGAUAUUAUUUAAUAUAAACAUUUGACUAGAAUGCAUAUUAGUAGAGCACAGGGUGGAUUUGUGCUUUCUGACCACAAGAUAUUAACUUCUCUCCACUUAUUUAUAUAUUAAUGAGUGUCAUUAGUUCACGUGGCUGUUUGAUCACUUCACUUUUACAGUACAGUACUGUACUCGGUGGACAGAUGUUUUCUUAUACAAGUAAUAAUCAGGGACGGAUCCAAGACUAAGACGAUGAAUUAAACCAGUGGUUUGGGGGUUACUUAGUACUGUAGCCCAUUUAGCCAGAGGUGUAAAGAAGCACAGAGGUCCAAAAUAAACCAGUGUAGUAAAUCCUCCUUUAGGGAAAAAUUAGAUUGACUGUGAAUUAGAGUAGAGGCAUGUGCCGCCCGUGCCCUCUCCUAAACUGUGUUCUGUUUUAAAAUCUUAUUUUUCAGAUUACAGUAAAUUCCUAAUGUGAAAUAACUCUGAUCCAAUACUAUAAAAAAAAUAUAAUAUUGAACUGUAUUUCUCUUUUACAGUAGUAUACUAUAUUUAAGCAUAAAUAUAGAGUGCAAUACAAAUACAAAGCCUGUUGUGGAGGCAUUGUUACCAGGUGGAACAAAAUUUCAACAUUAAACUUUUCCUUGUGACAUACAGUUUUGGUAAAACCUAGUGUUUUUAUAUUACUUUAAAAUAUAGUAUGAUUACUAUAUUUCCUUUAGUUCAGUGUCACCAAGGGCUGUUGUGCCUUGACUGUAAAUUUAUAUGAUCAUAAGUACAGUUUCAGUCAAAAUGAGGACAUUUGUUAACACUGAUGUUGACAAACCAAAGUAAAUUAACUUAAAGUAUUGAAAGAUAACUCAAGUUAAUGGUGUUAACACAUUACAAUACUGUAGGCUCUCCAAUAUUUGCAUUAACUGGGACUGAGAACAUGGCAUAUAUAUUAGACCACCGGAGCACAUGAAAAGUAAUCAAACUUUUUAGUAGAAAGUAAAUUAAAAGUUUUAUUACAGUGUACAACAACAUUGAAUUAAACACAAUUACUUCUGAUUAAAAACUAAAAUGGUCAUCUCUCAUAAUCAAUGAAAAGACUUCACACAGUAUAGUAACAGAGAUGUUCAAAGUGAACCACUACUUUCACUGUUUCUCUUAUCCACUAACAUACAUACAUACAUACAUACACACACACACACAAAGAUUUAAUGAUUUCUUUAUAAAAAGUUUUUCUUGCUGUCUUAGGCUCGUGGAAAUAGCAGAUGCUCGUGAAAUAUACAAAAAAAGCAAAUGUUGCGGCAUAGCGCAGAUAACAUGACCGGCAUAUCAGAUAAAAUGGAACUGUACUGUGCUCAGCGCUGCUUUCACACAUUUGGCUAAUGACUGUACUCUGCUGUGACCAGAAUUUCAUUUGUCUUGAAUGUUCUCCAGAUAGGUUUCACUUAUGAACUAAAUAUCCUCAAAGUAGUUGCCAGAUAACUGUAUUGUUUCAUUUUGUACAUAGUCUUUUGGGUUUAAGUGUCUCAGCAUUUAGUUUGGUGUAACCUUUAUUUUUAUUGUUUUUUCAAACCCUCAGUUCAGAAUUUAAUCCCACCCAUCACUUGUAUGUCAUUGAGUGCAUAGCUUCGUCCACCCACAAAAAAAUUACAUCUUGUUAUUCUCAACAUAAAAGCAUUUACAAGAGCUUAACCACAGCAGUGUAUAUGUAUGUUUGUUUAUAGGCUGCGAGCUUAUUAUUAUAGGAUUACCUAGCAGUUGCACUGUAGUCACAGCAGUAGGAUCAGUUUGUACUGUACAGUGUUGUAUAUUGAAUUUUCAGUAAAAAAAUGAGAUUUUAUUCAGUUCUGUUGGUUAAUUUUCAUUUUGUUUCCUCAAUCCAUUAAUAUUUUAUUUAAGGUUUUCUCAAAGAACAACAAAGGAAAAAUGUGAUGAAGUAGGUAUGUCCAGAUAUUUGUGGUUGUGUUGGCUGUGGUGGUACAUUUUGUUGUGUAAAUAGAGAGGAUACAGAGAAAAUAACGGGCGAGUGUUUGAACUGUGAAGAAGGGCUGAUGGAACAACAGUUGGGGUAACAUUUUAUUUAAGGUGGGAUGAAUACAGUAAGUGUGGUAACUGAGGAUGAGGUGAGGGGGGGGGGGGAGCAUAUGAUGAAUGUCUUGUGAAGAUGCCCGUCACAACUGAUAAAAUGUACAGUAGAACGUUCUGCAAGGUUCAUUCCCUGGUGUAGCAAGAAAAAAUAAGGUCUUAGAGGAAAUACUUAGACCAACUAACAGAUAACUAUUUUUAGCAGCGUUAGUUAGCUCUGUGAGUGCCUUUCCUGACACACUCGAGAGGAAAAAUUCUCCUGUGCUCCCAGCCUAUUCAUGUUACUAACCACUGAUGUAGUUGAUGAUCUGUUCUUGUUUUGUUUUGUUUUUUAUAUGUGACAUCAAUAAUGCAUGCUUUCUGUACAUAAAAAAGAAGCUGUUUGCUAACUAACUGACAUGUAAUCACUAUAUUCCUGUGGUUGGGACUUGUUUUAUUAUUAUAGUUAUAACCUAACUGACCUGCAGUUUCUCCUCUUUACAAUGGAUAGGAUUUUUGGUAUUGUACUGUUUCAUUAUUUGUAUGUUGUGGCUCUCACUGUUAACAGCUUCUGAAGUUCUUUAAAAACAGCAGAAUCGUUUAUAUUAACGUGGACACAAUUGGUGGAUAGACAGUGGAACAUGCAGAUAGAUCCUCUGUUGGCAUUUCUUUUAAAACAUUUUACCAUAACACUACUAAUUUCUUUCUUCAAAAUGUGAUAUAUCAGAUAUCGAAAGUUAGCGAAUAAAGAAAGGACCUUCACAGAUUUCAUUCAAAACCUCCAUCAUAACACUGUGUACUGUACUCUUCAUGUAUAUGUUGCUCAGUAGUUAUCUGUGCUUGCUGUAUGCUGGAGAAACUUACGAUUGUAUUAAUUUGAUCUAUUGUAAUCUGAUGGAAGAAGUAAAACUAAAAAGAUUUCACAACAAAAUUUACAUUUGUUUAUGAUUUGUUUUAAGUUGAGAUAUUGCUUUAAGUUAUGUUUACACUGUUUAAAGAUAAUGGCACAUAUCAUUCCUUAUUGCCCUUCCUAAAUGUGAGAGGUUGGCUUGGCUUUUUUAAUUAAGUUUGCAUCACAUUCUCCUAUCCUCAAUAACUUCCCUUCCCCUUUUCUCCUGUCUUUCUCAGCAGCAUCCUUCACCCUUAACUCCCAUCUUCCUCAUCAAUCUACAGCAUACCUCCUUCAUAACUCCUAUCUUCCUCUUGAUCUCCUCUCUCUGAUGGGUCAUUCUAGGUCCUCUUAAAUCUCUUCACCCUCUUCUCAAUCAUACCACAUGCCUAAAGCAUCUUAAUCUUCAUAUGUGUAUUAGGUGAUCCAGGCAAGAACAAGAUAAGUGGAAAAAGGGGGCUUCAGAUGUGCUUAUAUAGGUACACUUAUUUAGAGAUUGAUAAACUUUAACUGUGUUUUUUGGCCUCCCCCUUCUUUCCCCACCUUCACUUUUUUGCCACUUGUCUCGUGUAUAAUGUAUAACUUUUAAAUAUAUGUUGUAGAGUAGUGUGAAUUUCAAACAAUCUUACUGAUAAGUUAAUAAUGCUCCUUAAAAGCUUUUUAUCUGUUGCAUGACAAGAAUUUAAAUUAUUCCCAGCCAAACUAACAGACCUGACUAACAGCCAAGCUGGAAUGGAGUCUUUCCUUGUAAUAAUAAUAAUAACAACAAUAAUAAUAAUACUAAUAAUAAUACAAAUAUUAGAGUGAUUAGUAAAUCUGUAAAACACA